UGGGCACACGCAUUUAGCCCUCAUCAUCUAACGCGUCAUUGUCCACAGUAUUGCUAUUGUAAUACAAUAACUAACAUACCGGGAUUCUAAGAAACCAAGAGAGGAAGCAGAAUCAAAUAUGGAUUAUGUUUUUGACAGCUGCGGAGGUUUUUGAAAGCUUCGGCUGAACAGGACGUGGUUUGUGUGCUGGUCAAUUCCUUGAAUACUUGUCCAGAUGAACUUGCGUAAAGCUUUUCAAAAACUCUCGCUUGACAUCAUUCCAUUUGGGAAGUUGGGGGAGGAGGAAUGAAUUCGUGGACCUAAAAAAGCCCCUCUCAGGAGGGAUUUGAAGCAUGUGUACUGAAGCAGGUAUCAUUAAUGUUUUUUCAUACAGUAUAUGGAAAAGAAACGCACUAUUUACUUUAGUUUGUGCGCGCUUUACAUAGUGCUUGCAGCUUGAAUGGAAAUUAUAAUACUAAAAUGUUUUGGGUAGCUGUUGAUUGGACCGGACACUGACUGGGGCUGACUGAUAAUUGUCCACGAGGAAAUGUUUUUGGAAAAGGAGAUCAAUACAAGUUUGCUACCGCUCGCAAGGAGAUAUGUCAGGCUCCGUUCCCUUGCUCACUGCAGCACAGGGAAAGACAAAACGUGGCUACGAAAACUUCGGAUGUUACAGAUGGACUUCAGAUCUCAUUGUCCUCAGACACAAACGGAAAAUAUCAAUAUGGGAAUGUAUUGAUGGAAACGCUACAAAAUAUACAUUUAUUCACACCUAUUUUCUGGAGUAGCCUAACCUACCCGUUACAGCAGUUCGGACUGGACAUAUGCGUUUUGCACUCAGUCAUUUCUAUACCAAGGGGACAAUUGCACAUCUUUGAUAUUCAAACGUAAGUCCAAAUCAGCGGAAAUGUAUUCGUUUUCCAUUGAUGCAGCACUCCGAGAGAUAGUGUAACAUAAAACAAGUCUUAACACUGAUUGACUAGUAAAUUAUUGGACUAAAACAGUGUAUUUGACUGGCAUAGAUAGAGCUCUAUAUACAUUGUAAUAUUCUAUACGUGAACUAUAAGUUUAUUUCACUAGAUUAUUUUCAACCUCAUUAUGUCAGUUGGUGGACUUUAUUAACAGGAAAAUAUUUAUAACAUGAAACAAUCCAUGAAAGAAGAAAAAAUAAGUAAACAGUUGAUUUCAAUUAAAACAAACAUCCACAAUAAUCUGUUAAAGAACUAAAUUUGAGCAUCGAAUUACGAAAAUAGGCGCUACAUAGUUGGGAUAAUCAACUUUUCCGUCUUGCAUGGAAUGCCACAGGGCGAUACCAAGUGACUGCUUGUAACGCAUUUUCUAAAGAGGAGGAAAUGAGACAGAACAAGUAAAAUACAUUUUAAAAUGAUCUUGACAAUGGCUGUGAAAUGCUUGGGCCACUCAUUGGUAUUGCUGUCAUUCUUGGCAGUGGGAACAGUUUUUUCUGGCGUCUUUAAUACUUCAGAAACGUAUGCUUUCAAUGAUAGGUUGGAGCAUCUCAAACUCUCUGAGGAUAGUGUUUUGCAGCAUUGGAAGCAUCUGUCAGCCAGCAUUCAUCCCAGCUUGUUCUUCAACCAAGUUGACAUACAGCUACUGAGGCAAAGAUCCACUACGACCCACAGCCACAUUUUCAAAGUAAUCCGCACUGCUGUCACUACCAUGAUGUCCAAUGCCCCCCUGUAUCUCCCUCCAGUGAAACAUGAGGAGUUUACCAGCAAAUGGAAUGAGAUCUAUGGGAAUAACCUGCCCCCACUUGCUCUUUAUUGUCUUGUGUGUCCAGAGGACACACCUGUCUUACAGUUUUUAGUGAAGUUCAUGGACAGGAUGGCAGACUACCCAGACUGGAUGGUAACAAGUGCCCCUAACGAUGAAGUCCCUAUGGCACAUUCCCUUACUGGAUUUGCCACAGCCUAUGACUUCAUUUAUUCUUCACUGGAUGACCAGCGACGAGAGAAGUACCUAAAAAAAAUACGGUCUGUAACACAGGAGCUGUACGAGCUGUCCAAGCACAGGAGCUGGGGGAAACAGUUUUUGCAGAACCAUCAAACCACAAAUGUUUUAGCCAUUCUGAUUGGUGCCAUUGUGGUCGGAAUGCACUCUGAUCUGGAAAGCAUGAUAUGGAAACAGGUGUCUGUGAACUACAUGGAGAAGACCAUGUUCCUACUGAAUCACAUAGUGGACGGGUCUCUGGAUGAGGGCGUAGCCUACGGAAGUUACACGGCUAAGUCCAUUAUGCAGUAUGUGUUCCUAGCACAGCACCACUUCAAAAUUGACAACACGCAGAACAACUGGCUCAGGGCACACUUCUGGUUCUACUAUGCCACCCUGCUGCCUGGCUUUCAGAGGACAGUGGGCAUCGCAGACUCAAAUUACAACUGGUUCUAUGGGCCAGAGAGCCAGCUGGUGUUCUUGGAUGCCUUUGUUCUGCAGAAUGGCACAGGGAACUGGCUUGCACAGCAGAUCAGAAAGCAUCGACCUAAAGACGGCCCCAUGGCUCAGUCCGCUGCCCAGCGCUGGUCUACUUUGCAUACAGAGUACAUCUGGUACGAUUCCCACCUCACGCCACAGCCCCCUCCUGGAUUUGGCAAAGCAAGAAUGCAUAUCUUCUCCAACUGGGGCGUAGUAACAUAUGGGGCUGGCCUGCCUAACAGCCAAGGAAACACAUUUGUCUCCUUCAAAUCUGGGAAGUUAGGUGGACGUGCAGUGUUCGAUAUUGUUCAUGAUAAGCCUUAUUCCUGGGUUGAUGGAUGGAAGAAUUUCAACCCAGGGCAUGAGCACCCGGACCAGAACUCCUUCACUUUUGCUCCAAAUGGACAGGUGUUUGUAUCUGAGGCAUUGUAUGGGCCCAAAUACAGCUACCUAAAUAAUGUACUGGUGUUUAGCCCUUCCCCCACAAGCCAGUGCAACAACCCAUGGGAGGGACAACUGGGAGAGUGUGCUAAGUGGCUGCGUUGGACAGAUAAGGAGGUUGGAGAUACAGCCGGUGAGGUCAUUGCUGCCUCCUCACACAGAGACUUGAUGUUUGUGAGUGGAGAGUCAGUGGCUGCAUACUCUUCUGCUAUGAAGCUAAAAAGUGUGUACCGUGCCCUAGUGCUGCUCAACAGCCAAACUUUACUAGUGGUGGAUCAUGUGGAGAAACAGGAGAAUUCACCAGUGGAUAGUCUUAGUGCAUUCUUCCACAACCUUGAUAUUGAUUUCAAAUAUGUUCCCUUCAAGUUAUUGGACAAGUAUAAUGGAGCUAUGAUGGAUGUGUGGGAUGCCCAUUACAAAAUGUUUUGGUUUGACAAUCAAGGUGACAGCCCAAUUGCUAGGAUACAGGAGGCAGAGCAAGUGGCAGAGUUUAAGAAAAGGUGGACACAGUUUAUCAAUGUCACUUUUCCUAUGAGGAAUACAAUCAGCAGAACAGUCUAUGUGAUGCACGGGCCUUAUGUAAAAGUUUCUAAUUGUAGGUUUGUGGACAACAGCAAAAAUGGACUGAAGCUGUCAGUGUUCAUUGACAACACUGAAAAGAUUGUUUCCAUCGCUACAAAUUACAAAGAUUUAGGUGCUCGAUUAAGCUACCUAGGUUUUGGAGGAUAUGCAAAGGUAGAGGACAAGAAUCAAGUUACCCGCUUUGGUCUGGGAACGCAAAUUACUCCUAAACAAAAUGUGUCAGAAAACACAUUAUUUGAUUUGGGAUUUACAGUUAAUGUGAUAGCUGGGGUGAUUCUUUGUGUUGCCAUUGGAUUUCUGACAUUGCGGCGAAGGUUCUACAUUUGCUUCAAUAAACUGAUGCGGUGUGCUCUCCUCUCUGUACUCCUGCUUUGGAUAAUUGAACUAUUGUUUGUAUCCAAUAGCUGCAAUCAACUAAUCUGUGGUGUGAAAUGGAAAGGUGCCACUACAGAACUGGAGGGCACCACACAGUUGAAACAUUAUGAUCAGCAUGCUUUCACCUUACCAACAGUCGUCAUCACAACCCUGCCUGGCUCUGGAUCAGAAAUCCUGAAACACCUCUUUUACAACAGCUCUGACUUUGUUUACAUUCGAGUACCCACCGAACACUUGGACAUCCCGGAGAUAGAGUUUGAGUUUGACUCGGUGGUGGAUGCAUGUGUGUGGACAAAAUCAGAUGCUCAGGAAGGACGCUUCAAAGUAAUCCAAGGCUGGUUCCAUUCCCUGGUCUACAACACCAAGCUGCACCUGCAGAACAUCCAGCUGCCGGAAUCCAGCAGGAUUAAGCUGAACCAGAGAACUGGUACUACCAAGGACAAGUGGAAGCGGAUGAGGAGGAAGGAGCCCCUAGCUGAGUCGAAAGGCAGAGGAAAAGGAGGUUUAGACAGGGAUGCGGAGUACAUUAGAGAAUUACGGCAACAUGUAGGGCAGUACCAAAGUGCCCGUGUAGUCUUGAACUUGAGGAGUGGCAGUUGGGCCUUGAAGGUCCCUUUUAUUCGAGAGGUGAUUGGCCCCUCCCUGCGGGCAAUAUUUGUAGUCAGGGAUCCACGUGCGUGGAUCUAUGUAAUGCUGUACAAUAGCAAACCCAGCCUCUAUUCCCUGAAGAAUAUUCCACAGCACCUUGCUCUGAUUUUCAAAGAGGACAGUAGCAGAGAGCAGUGCUCUGGUUUCACGCCUGAGUUCCGGGUCUUGCGGAGGCUCCUGUCUCGCUCAGAAACAAACCCUGUCCUGUUACUGGCUCACUUGUGGCUGGCACACACAGCCACAGCACUCAGGGUCAAUGCCGACUUGCCCAUGGAAUCUUACUUGAAAGUGAGAUUUGAAGACAUUGUGCACUUCCCCCAGGAGACUGCAGAAACGAUACACACGUUCCUUGGAAUUCCAACCUCACCAUCGGCAGUCCACCAAAUCAUGUUUACCACUUCUACAAACUUGUAUAACCUGAUGUACGAGGGUGAUAUCUCACCAGAUAACAUCAACAUAUGGAGGCAGAACAUGCCUCGCAAGGACAUCAGGCUAAUUGAGGACACAUGUUGGUUUGUGAUGAAGAGGCUAGGGUAUUCAAGGUUUACAAACUGAUUGCUGCUGGUCAGCUGCCGUAAUGUUGUCUGUUUUGUUUGGUUUGUUUUUGUCUUUUGCACUAAAGGAAAAAGUUUAAAAAUGGUUAAAGGGAGUAUAACCAAAAUCCAAAAACAUGUGUUGUGACAUUGAAAUUCAUGUUAACUUGACAAUGUUGCUUUAUUUUGUUCUCUCUGCAAUAUGUAGUUUGUCCUGAUUAAACUGGUACUCUAUGUUGGUUAGAAGGGAAUAUUUUAUAUUAAAAUAUGUUAAGUGAUUUGGGAAUUAAGUAAUACUUGAGUGACAUUUUCCUUCUGUUUCAUUAACAAAAUCUCUGCACUUUUUUUCUGAGCUAUUUGAGUUGUGCAAAUAUUCAUUGUUAUUUUUGUAAUGCAUUGUCCAGUGUAGAAAUGUGCUCAUGGUACUUUACUGGUGUUAUAUUAUAAAUAUGCAUAUUUAAAUGUGGACAUUAUUUUCUUAUAAAAGUUGUACAACUAUCAGUAAUCUAUACACAGCUGUAUGUUUUUAUACACAUAUAUUUUGCAAAACAGUUUAUGGCAGAUCAUAGCUGAAUAUGCACAAAGAUGUCAAAAGAAAUUGUUUUUGAACUGCUGAGUAGUUAGGAUCUGCAAGUAAUUUAACAUAUACUUUGGUCUUGUUGAAAUAAUGCUCUUGGUUUCAUUCAUGCUUGUGAGGGGCAGAUCCAGAUGGUUUUGCACUUUACUGUAGAGGAUCUCAUUAUUAUUCUUACUGUAGUGUGUUUACUGUCCACAUCUAAGCCACGGCAGAGGCAUUGGUGUGUUUAUUGACUCAAUGGGUUUGGCUUAAUCUGUGAAAUAAUGUUGGGUGUUAACAGAAAUGGCUAUAAGUAGACAGUUUGUGACUGUGUGUUUUGCAUAAGCACACAGACUGGGACUUUUGAAGAUUAAAAUAUAAUGAUUA